GUUGCGGGUCUGCAGCAUUUCGGCGUUGUCCAUCGAGAGACAUACACAGAGGGAGAGAGAGAGAGAGAGAGAGAGAGAGAGAACUUCUGAAGCUUAAUCAGUUUUAGGGUUUGUCUUUGAGGAAGAGAACGUGAAGAGGAGAAGAGCUCUGCUUCGUUAGAUCUUCAAAAGUUUGGAAAAUUUUAAAAGUUUGUAAAUCUGAGAUGGAGAGAGACUUCUUGGGUUUGAAUGCGAAGGAAUCGUCGCCGGCGGUGAAGGAGGAGAGCAAGGAGGGAUCGAAAGAUUCUGCUUUCGUGAGGGGUUCAGGCAUGCAGUGGCCCUUCUCACACAAGGUCUCUGCGCUUCCCCAGUUAAUGUCUUUCAAGACUGCUGUGCAAGAAGAUAGGUCAAAAAAGAUAGUAUUUGAUCCCAUGGCCUCCUCUGCAUUUAUGCCUACCAUAUCAACAGCAGAUGCGUUUGAUGCUAAUCACAAACCGACUGCAAGCAUAGUCCAGAAAAACUUGAAUCUGGACAGGCAAGUUGGAGCUAAUAAUGCAGUGACCACUUACCCUGUGCAACAUGUUGAUGCACAUCGUGCACACGAAGUUAGGGCGCUUCCCAUUCGUAACCCGAGUAUCUCGGUUUCUAUGAGCAACCCUUUCUUCAAGACCCACGUCGCUCCCACAGGCCAAAGCUUGCCUGCUACUGCUCUGAAGCAACAACCAUAUGGAGGAAUUCCGGUUACCACCUCACAUGCAAUUUUCCAUGCUAAUGGGUCCAUUGAUCUAAGGAAUAUCUCAAAGCCCUCAGGGACUCAAUUGACCAUCUUUUAUGCUGGGUCAGUGGUCGUCUAUGAUGAUGUCUCUCCUGAGAAGGCUCAAGCAAUUAUGUUUUUGGCUGGAAACGGAGCUUCCAUAACCAACCAAAGAUCUCAAGUGCCAACGCCAACCUUAAAACCAGCAGUAGUUGAAGGUGUGCAUGGGAACCAGUCCCAUUCCCCAUCCCCUUGUGCAUGUCGUCCAAGCCUGCCCUCUGUUGCUUCGCAUUCUGGUGCGCAAUCAGGUAGUGGAUCUAGCAACAGUGACGAAGGGAUGGCUGCAAAAUCCAAAGGAACUUUGACAACUCCUAGCAGCAGUCAAGCUGAGGCUCCUGUGAUGGCCACUCCUAUAUCAUCUACUGCCACAACUCUCAUGCCAACAGCUGUGCCUCAAGCCCGUAAAGCAUCCUUGGCUCGAUUUUUGGAGAAGCGCAAGGAGAGGGUGAUGAGUGUAGCUCCAUACAGCUCCAGCAACAAAUCAACAGAAAGCACCACAGCCAGCAAGGAGCAGUCAUGGUGUGUGGUUAAUUAACUAAGAUCGAGGAUUAUAAUACAUAGUUGAAUACUACAUAGGAGAUGGAAGCUGAAGAAGGAUUCUUCUCCUUUCCUUUUUCCCCCCCCAACUUAAAUUUAAGCCCUAUAAUUUUGUUCCCUCUUUAAAGAUAUCUAUCUACUAGUCUCUCAAUUCUUUUUCACCUUUGAAUGUGAUCGGAGCCUGUUCAUCCAGCAACACUUUGUUAGAACAGUUUGUAACCAUUUUAACUUGUCGUCGUGAUAUUGUAAAAGAAGUUGAAGUAACG